AUGCCAUCUGGUGGAUCUGUUGCCUUCUUCUAUGGGUUUAUCUUCUGCGUCCUUUGCAAUUUCUGCCUAUCAGCAAGCGUUGGCGAGCUUUCAUCCAUUUGGCCCACAGCCGGUGGCCAAUAUCACUAUGCAUAUGCUCUUUGCACCGAAAAAUGGAGGAUGUCGAUGAGUUUCUGGGUUGGGUGGAUCAACAUCGCCGGCUGGUUAACUCUUAUCACGACCGAAGCAUUCUUCGCUGCCCAGUUCAUAUCAGCAGCCGCAGUUAUUGGAUCAGAUGGAGCCUAUGUUAUCACGGCUUGGAAAACAUACCUGAUCUUCCUGGUAGUCUCGACAUUCACAAUUCUCCUCAAUAUAUUUGGCUACCGAAUCUUGAAUCGUUGGAAUGAGUUCGCUCUAUUUUGGUCGAUUACCGGCUGUUUGGUCGUGAGUAUCACGCUUUUAGCCACUGGAGAGAAGACCUCUGCCCAAUUUGUGUUCACCGAUUUCUCCAAUUCCACCGGUUGGAACGAUGGAAUGGCAUGGAUGCUUGGACUUCUACAGUCGGCACUAUCUCUGAUUGGAUUUGAUGCGGUCGCUCAUCUGACCGAAGAGAUGAAGACCCCACAACGGGACAGCCCCCAAGCAAUGGUGGCCGCUGUCGCCAUAGGGGGAACAACCGGAAUAGUCUUCAUCCUGGUAAUGCUUUUCAGCCUGGUCGACCCGGAUACUAUUCUAGCAACGAAAACAAACUCCCCGGUCGUCGAGCUCAUCUAUCAAGCGACCGGAAGUCGCGCGGGCACCGUCGUGCUGAGCUGCGCAUUGGCCGUGUGUUUUGUCAACGGGACAAAUGGGUGCGUCACAUCUGGAAGUAGGUUGCUUUGGGCCAUGGCCAGAGAUAACGGGAGUCCGUUUUCGAAAUUCCUCUCACAUAUCACUCCGGGGCUCAAUGUGCCGGUUCGCGCCAUUCUAGCCGCUGCUCUUUUCAACAUGCUGUUCGGUUUGUUAUACCUCGGGCCGACUGUGGCAUUCAACGCCUAUUGCGCCAGUUGUACCAUAUUUCUCAAUCUCAGCUACGCCGUCCCCGUGGCCUUUCUACUGGUUCGUGGAAGAAAAGUCGUCAGCAGUUCCCGCCCAGUUUUCUACCUCGGACACAGGACAGGGUACAUCAUGAACUGGGUCUCUGUCCUCUUCGUCUUUGUCACCUCCAUAUUCUUCUGCUUCCCGGGUUUCCUACCCGUGACCACCAGUAACAUGAACUACGUAUCGGCAGUGGUCGGGAUCUUUAUCAUAUUCUGUUCCACUCUCUGGGUGGCAAAGAGAGGCCAGUAUAACGGUCCGCAAUUCGAGAUCAUCCUAGGAGAAAAUCCGAGCGUUGAAGACGCGCUCGCAAGAGGUGAGAAAGGCUUGGACAUGGAGCAAAAAGAGCUGGUGUAG